AUGUCAAGUAUAUCGAAACAAGAACACUGUCAUAAUAAACCUGCAUCCAAAGAAAUCGACAGUGUUUCGAUCCUGCGGGAGAACAGAAAUGUAACUUUGGCCUCAUGGCGCAAGGAUAACACUGAAGUGAUCAGUUCCGAAACAAAUAAUCACUCUUUAGACGUCAAUCUCCAGAAAAACAAAAACGAAAAGAACGAUGAAACGACGACGUGGAAGUACUAUCAUCAGCGGACGGACGACAUCCUGGACAAUCAAAGGAAGAACAGCAAGAAUGAGAUCAACGCUAAACUGAACAAUCAAGAACACAUCUCCGAGUGCAAAGAUGACGAAGGACAGAGAAUACGUAGGAUCGAUCUAAAAACAUACGGUUUUGAAGAGGUCUCGGAUCAAAGAAAGAAAACCGCUCAAUACCAAAGAGUUGCAAACAAACUGGAUCUAAGUUUCUACGGUUAUGAAAACGGCGUCUUGCGUCGCUCUCAUUCUAACAUUCAGCUGCAUCAACCAUUGCAGAACGAAAAGUCGAACCUGACGAAGUGGACGAUUAGGUGUCGCGCAGGAUAUAAAGAAUAUGCAAAGUCACUUGACUGCAAGAAAUUCACAAAUAGCAAGGACUUCACAAAGUUCAAGAAUGGCCAUAUAGGCUUAAGACUUAUAUCGGCUAAAUCAAUGCCCAACGUCACUGACGAUGUGUAUUACAAGUCGAGUCUGAUCUAUGAGAAUCGAGCCGCCAGAAAUCUGAUAAAUCGCACAAUCAAUAGAUCGGAAGAUGAAUUGAUGGAUGAAUGCAGCAUGACUGACGAUAGUUCGUUGCUAAACACUUACGACGAGAUCUCGUCCGACGUUAACAAAUCUUUCGAAGAUACAUGUGUAAGAAGCAAGGACCACACACAGUUACGAAAGCAAGUGAGCGAAGUAUUUCAUAUGUUGCCUUCGGUGAAAAGACUCGCGGAAGCAUUCGGCCGGAAACAAACUUCCAAAGUAGAAACUACCAUGCCCGCAAAAGUGAUGAAAACAGAUAACGUCAAGGAACGAUUACCUAUAUCUGAGGUACAGGUAGUCGAAAAACCAAGACAAAUGCACAGCUUAACAGCCAGGUCGUUCUCGAAAGAAUUUCGAGAAGGACUGCGCCAAAUGCCCAGUAAAGUGAACUCGCUACCGGUUAGUCGAUUUAUAACAGAGGAACAAUCGGCAAAUCAAGCGGAAGUUGUGCGAUCGAAAGGGGAAGACAAAGAUACGGACGUGAUUUUGCCCGGCAAACUCAGAUCAAACAUCAUAUUUUGGGAACAAUUGCAGAAGAAAAUUUAAACGAUAUUCGGCAAAUGUCUAACAAUGUUGCAAUUAUUUUGUAUAUAGAUAGUAGAUAAGCAAAAAGUACGAAAUUGGAGUUAUGUCGUCAGAAUAAAACAUAAUGUAAUUGGGAAA